GUUCUCUUCUGUUUAUUUCUUUCCAUUCAAGCAUGAAGACGAGUUUCAUUCUUUGGUUCAUUGGGGCCAUGGGCUGUGCUAGCCCCACCUUGGCCAAAACAAACCUACUUGACAUGGGCAACGACCUCAAAAUCGAGAGUCUCAAUGUUGCGGACCUAACACAGGUUACUGUGGAGCUACCAACUAUCGAUGACGGCAAGGGUGGCGUCCAGGAGUAUUCUGCAGCCAUCUAUGAAGUGAUGGAGGGCAUUAAUGAUGUCAAGAAACUCUUGCAGGUGCAGAAGAGUGUGCCAGUGCACAAAGUCACCAUGGAGGAUCAAAUGGAUCAGUUUGCAAGUGUCACCAUGAUGCUCCAGAAAGCUGUCCAAGACCUCCAAAAGGCACCAGAGUCUGAGAUGGCAUCGGUUGAGAUCCAGAUGCUCAUGCAAGAGGUUUCUCAUGAGCUAGAAAAUGCACAAAAAGUAGCUAUUGAUGUAAAGGAAGCCACCAUCAAGGCCAGUGCCCAACGCCGCUUGACUGAUGAGGGAGCUAGCUACAAUGGUGGCACUGGUAGUCGUGGUGCAAGUUUGAGCUCAAUGAUUCCAAAGAAGUAUCGCUCACAUCCCAAGCUCCGUCAGCAUUUCAAAAUUCAUGACAAGAUUGUCAAGGGAGACCACACCCAUUUAGACCACAUGCUUGAACGCUUGACGCCACGCUCUACCAUGCAUGGCCGUAGACUUGGAAACAGCACUGCUGAAACCAUGGAAGAGACCUGUGAAAAAACAGUUUCCUGUGUGAAAGAGUUCUCUCUCUAUGACUUUGUUGCACACUUUUAUGGUGACUAUGUCAAUGAUGAGGGAAAGAUUGAUGAAAAAAAGGUGUCAAAACACAUGUCAAAAAAAGUGUCUUCUUCUUUUGACUUCUUCACAAAGUUGGAGAGCGUCAGAGAUGCAGUGAAGGCAAUUGAUGACAAUGGCCUGAAUCAGAGCAACUGUGUCACCUUUCUGAGAGAGAUGCACCAAUCUGAAAUGGUAGAGCUAAAAGAAAAAACAUACUAUGAGCAGUACAAAGGACCAACCUGGCGGGAGAUUUGUUCAGCUGAGGGAACAGCAAAGUACAUCAAGCUGGAAGACAUCAAGGUUCAUGUUGGGUCUAAUGUGGCAUACCACCUGUUCGAAGACAUGUCUUUGUGUGCUCAAACUUUAGGAGAUCCUGUCCUAUUUGACAAUAAAGGCCUAGCUCGUGUUCCCAUAAAACCAAAAGUUAACUCAAAUGCUGCUUCAGAUUUGAAGAACUUUGACAAAUAUGGCCAGCCCAACUUUCCAAUCCAGGUUGAAUCAUUCUUUGAGUUUGCAACAAUUGACAUCUUCAACAAUGAGUACUUUGAGGGAAAAUGCUACAACAAGACCAAUGAAUACUUCAAGGAAAUCUUGGAAAAUAGUAGCUUCAACAUCACAAACACAGGUGCUCUGAAAAGGACUUACCCAGAAAAGAUAGUUUGGGAUUGCGAUAAUAUGGGAAGCAAAGGUGUUCCGUCAGGCUAUAACAACUGGGACUGCACUGUAGAAAUUGGUGACAAGGACAUUUGUGGGAAAGUGAGCUUUGUAAACAAGGUGCACCCUUCAACAGGUAAAGGAGACGGUACUGGAGUCAAGACAGAGGAGAUCAAGAGCUCCAUCUAUGAGAAGGGGACCUUUAACAUGGAUGAAGCAGUUACCCUGCUGCUAGGCCCAAAGACCAGUGUUGGAUUGGUGUGUGCAUAUGCAGAAACCAAGAAAGACACCCCUGGUUACUGCUGCCUGGAUCAUCCUUGGGAACGAGAGGGCGACCUAUUUGGAACAAGUUUUGAAUGCAGAGAAACUGAGUCAGCAUGCAAACAUGUGGCCCAGGGCCUUGGCGGGUUCUCAAAGGAGUCCUGUGCUGUGUACUCUGGAACCUACUGCUCAAAACCCACGGACUGCAGUCUGUUGAAACAAUGUGUUGCAGACGAAGUUCAAUGGGCAAAAGAAAAUGGCAAGACUACAUACCAAGGUUUUUUGGAAACCGCCCCAGAUUUGGAUGACACAACAAGUGUUGAUGAAUGUGGAACAUUCAAGGAGUAUUUUGGGGCAGAAUCAAGAGAUCCGGAUCUUUAUGGAGUGUGCGAGGAUAUCCAGUAUCUCAGGUACAAUACAAAUUUUGAUGAUCUCGACGCAAACAAACCUGCUGAAUUGAAAGAGGUGCCAAAAGGAAUAGGCCUGGAACAGCCAGGAGAACCCCAAAAUGGAGAUGACUACUUCAACACCUGGAUCCACAGCAUUGUUUUACUUGAAACCAUUGCCAGUACUUUUUCAAAGGUCUGGGAGGUAAUCAAGCCUAGCAAAGUCACCUGUGAAACUUCACCUGUUGGGUUGGGAUACUGCUUCGCUUUUUGGUAUGUCUUGACAAUCAUUGCGUUUUUGGCCUAUUUUGCUGGUGAGCAGGCCUUGGCAUUAGCCAAUUGGCAAUAUGGCAAUGCACAGAUUAGUGACAGGGACAUGUAUGUGAUUUUGGAAAAUACCAAGGUGCUCUUCAAGAAUUUGGAAACUGUUGACAAAAAUGCAGCUGACAGGGCAAAAGGCUUGCAAAAUAACUUGAGUACAAUUCAAACAGAAGUUCACACCAAGAUGGAUAAGGUCCAAACAGAGUUGGCAGCUGUCUACAAACUGAUCAAAAGUAGCACUAGUGGGUCAAGGCGAAAGCUUGAAACUAGCCUUUUGGAGACUGACAUGAUUGAAGGCCUAGACGACAUUGAUACACAAGAAGUCUAUGUCCCACCUUCUCUUGGUUGGGCAAAAGACCAGGUGACCGGUCAACUCAGUGUCCCUGGUAAAGUCUUUCAGUCUAGUGAUCAAGCAAUCCAGUUCCUUCACAACUCUCUCCAUUUGCAAGAAGAUGGGACCAAGCUGGAUAUCACAGAGGUUGAUGUUUCAAGUUGUGAGGCAGUGUUUGAGGUCCUGCCUAUUAAGGAAGAAUCUGUGGGCAAUACCGAGACAGUAAAAAUUGCAGUGGACAGCAAAGCACCUGCUGUGAGCUGUGGCUUCUCCCUGGAUUCCUCUGUUGCUUCUGUAUCCAAUCAUGGCAAGACACUUUUGCUGUCUGAGCAGGGGGCUGGUGGUCUCUUGGAUAGCAGCUUCUCUUACACUGUUCAGGAUGACUGCUCCAAAUCUGUUGAUGUUGAUGUAACCGUUGUGACCAACCAAUGGGACGAUAAGACCAGCUGUGUUUUGGUGGAAUCAGAUUCCAACCAGGCCAAGAUCCUGAUUGCCCCCAAAACGUGCAAGAGCCGGGACAGCCUUUGCUACUCCAGCUCUGGUACCAGUGAGCGCUUGUAUGAGAUCCAUGUUACUGCAACUGAUGCUUCUGGGUUGGUGGGAAGAGACACCUGCCACAUUGCUGUGUUGCCGUCUGAUGGUGUUGAGCACAAAGAGGCACUUUCCAGCAUGAAGACAUCUGUCCGUGGUGCUGGCUCUGACAAAGUAGCUGAGCUCCUUGCCUUGCCUGCCGCUGCAGAGAAAUUCAAGGUAGGCAGUCUCCAGGUUACAAAGGAAGGAGAGAGCUUCUGA